AUGGCACAGGAACAAGGACACGUACACCUGGCCAGAGCUGAUGCCAUUCGUUCGCGGCUCAUUGACACUUUUUCCCUCAUAGAGCACUUGCAAGGCCUGAGCCAAGCUGUACCAAGGCACACUCUCCGAGAGAUACUUGAUCCCUCUCGCCAGAAGACACUCAUGCUAGGAGAUCAGCACCAGCUAGUGCGCUUCUCCAUAAAGCCUCACCACAUGGGGCACAUCUCCCAUGCCCAGCGGACGCUGAGCAGGCUUCACGUGCGCUGCAGUCAGAGACCGCCUCUUUCCCUGUGGGCUGGAUGGGUUCUUGAGAGCCCUAUCUUCUCCAAGUUCAUCAUCUCCCUCAUCUUUCUGAAUACAAUUGUGAUGAUGGUCGAAAUAGAAUUGAUAGAAUCCACAAAUACUAAACUGUGGCCAUUGAAACUGACUUUGGAGGUGGCAGACUGGUUUAUCUUGCUUAGCUUCAUUAUAGAGAUCAUUCUAAUGUGGAUGUACAGCUUCCGUCUCUUCUGGAAGAAUGGCUGGAAUGUCUUUGACUUUGUUGUUACUACAUUGUCUCUGCUCCCUGAAUUUUGGGUGUUGAUGGGAGUCUCAAGGAACACCGUGUGGCUCCAGCUGCUGAGGCUCUCCCGGGUGCUGAGGUCUCUCAAACUAUUCACACGACUCCGUCAGAUUAAAGUUAUUAUUUUGGCUCUGGUCAGAGCCCUGAAGAGCAUGACGUUCCUCCUGCUGCUGCUGCUUAUCUUCUUCUACAUUUUUGGUGUGACUGGUGUCUACUUCUUCGAAGACUAUUCCCGCUCAACUAUUCAGGACCUGGAGUAUAACGUGUUCUUCUCGGACCUACCAAAUUCCCUGGUGACAGUAUUCAUCCUCUUCACCUUGGAUCAUUGGUAUGCAGUACUUCAGGAUGUCUGGAAGGUGCCAGAAGCUAGCCGUGUCUUUAGCAGUAUCUAUGUGAUCCUUUGGUUGUUGCUUGGCUCCAUUAUCUUUCGAAACAUCAUAGUAGCCAUGAUGGUUACUAACUUUCAGAAUAUCAGGAAUGAGCUGAGUGAGGAGAUGAGCCACCUGGAGGUGCAGUAUAAGGCGGACGUAUUCAAGCGGCAGAUCAUCCAGAGGAGACAAAAUCUAUCGCCCGAGUCAGCGAGAGAAACCAGUCAAGAAGGGCCCUCCAAAGACUUAUCACAGGCUUCCAAAGGGUCUGAUGUUAGUGAGUCUGAGAAAAGUGAUGCUGAGAAAAGCGAUGCUGAGAAAAGCGAUGCUGAGAAAAGCGAUGCUGAGAAAAGCGAUGCUGAGAAAAGCGAUGCUGAGAAAAAUGAUGCUGACGAAAAGAAGAAGGACUGGGAGACGCUUGUGCAUGAGAACCUUCCGGGGCUAAUGGAUAUGGAUCAGGAUGACCGUGUUGUUUGGCCCAGAGAUUCACUUUUCCGAUACUUUGAACUACUAGAAAAGCUGCAGUAUAACAUAGAGGAGCGCAAAAGGUUGCAAGAGUUCUCAGUUCAGGCACUGAUGAGUUUUGAAGACAAGUAAAGGUGCAAUGGAUGAUGGCUAUGUCUUUGGAUCCAAGACAAGCUAAUGAAGGAAAUAGUGAAUUCCAAAUAUAAAU